AUGCGAGAGCCUACUGCGCAAAGUUAUGCCUUCUUCGUAGCUGGCUUCGAAACCUCCGCAACGACAGCAACAUUCGCUCUGUACGAAUUAGCUCUACAUCAAAAUAUACAAGAAAAAGUGCGCAAGGAAAUCGAUAAAAUAUUGAUGAAAUAUGGCAAUUUAACCUAUGACUCUGUGAAUAAAAUAACAUAUCUUCACAAAGUAAUAAAUGAGACUAUGAGAAAAUAUCCACCUGUUCCAAUAUUGAAUCGUAUUUGCACCAAGGAAAUAAACUUACCAACAACGAACAUUCAUGUGCCAAAGGGGACAUUAAUAACUAUACCGGUGCUUGGUUUGCAUCGAGAUCCGUCGAUAUACCCAGACCCGGAUAAAUUUGAUCCUGAGCGAUUCAACGCAGACAAAAUAGAAGAACGGCAUCCUUACACUUAUUUACCAUUCGGAGAAGGUCCACGAAACUGCAUUG